AUGAAAAGCAACUUCAACAGCCUUGCCCACGCGCCGCCACACGCGCCGGCAGCGCGUGGGUGUGUAGAGAAAUUUCCAGCGACGGAAAAUCUCCACACCAACGCUCACCCUUCCUACCCUAGCUUCUUCUCAAAGUCAGGAUCAUUUAUUCAACUACCACGAGGUCCAAUUCGCACGGGAACUGGCCGGAAUUUCAAAUUGAAAACCGGCCAAAACCUAGGUUUCCAAUUCGGUUCCAAAACUCAAAAUCGAUCCAAACCUAAACAACAGUCAGCUAGAAUACACGGCGGAGGCGGCGGCGCAACGAUCGGAAACUUCCGGUUCGAACCAGUCGAUACCGUCGACGAUUCUCCGGCUUUCCGGCAAGGAAAUUGGGUGGGUCUUGAUCGGGACUUCACGACGAGUCCAACGGGACUGGUCUCGAGGGCUGAGAUGGCCGGACGUGACGACUGUGAGGGUUUUCUCGAUUCGGUGAACAGUAACUCGGGAAGGGAAGGGCUCUGCGCGCUGGGGAGAAUCGGGAAAGAGAGAGAGAGAGAAAGUGAGGGGUAA